AUGGACAACUAUCCUCCGGGCCUGGCAGAUGAUCCGUCGGUGAUGGCAGAGCUGGAUGAACAUACCUCGAUGGCUCUAGGCCGAGCUCGGCCCCGACGACAUGAUGAUGAAGACGACGGAUCCGAAUACAUGGAGGACGACGAUUUGGAGAGCAACGUCGGUGGCCCGGCAAACCGAAACCAGAAGGGUCACGGACACUCGGAUGAAGACAAGGAGCUUCCUGCCCAUGCGUGCGCGUACUGUGGCAUCCAUAACCCCAGCAGCGUUGUGAAAUGUCUUUCAUGCAACAAAUGGUUCUGCAGCGCUCGUGGUAACACAUCCUCUUCACACAUCGUCAAUCACCUUGUCCGUGCUCGACACAAGGAAGUCCAGCUGCACCCAGCCUCAUCCCUCGGUGAUACCAUCCUCGAAUGCUACAACUGCGGUACAAAGAACGUCUUCCUACUUGGUUUCAUUCCUGCAAAGUCUGAUACAGUCGUUGUUCUUCUCUGCCGACAGCCAUGCGCCGCUAUGCCGUCUUCGAAAGAUAUGAAUUGGGAUACCUCUCGCUGGCAGCCGCUGAUCGAGGACCGCUCCUUCCUGCCGUGGCUCGUUGGUGCACCCACAGAUCAAGAACAGCUCCGCGCUCGCCACCUUAGUCCUCAGCUGAUUGCUAAGCUGGAGGAAAUGUGGAAGGAGAACUCUCAGGCAACUUUGGAAGAUCUGGAGAAGGCUACAGCCGUGGAUGACGAGCCUGCGCCAGUCCUCUUGCGCUACGACGAUGCUUUCCAAUACCAGAACAUUUUUGGCCCUCUUGUCAAAAUUGAGGCUGACUACGACCGCAAACUGAAGGAAUCUCAGUCGCAGGAUGGCCUGAUCGUGCGCUGGGAUCUCGGUCUCAACAACAAGCACCUAGCAAGCUUCGUUCUGCCGAAGCUCGAACUCGGAGAUGUGAAAUUGGCUGUCGGUGAUGAGAUGCGCUUGAAGUACAAUGGUGAACUGCGCUCUAAAUGGGAAGGAGUUGGCUAUGUCAUCAAAAUUCCUAACAACCAGUCUGACGAAGUCACCAUUGAAUUGCGCUCCAAGGGCGACCACAAGUCGGUGCCAACCGAAUGCACCCACAACUUCACCGCGGACUAUGUUUGGAAGUCUACCUCCUUUGAUCGCAUGCAAUUUGCCAUGAAGACUUUUGCUGUGGAUGAAAUGAGUGUUUCAGGCUACAUCUUCCAUCGUCUUUUAGGCCACGAAGUUGCCGCAGCCCCUAUGAAGACUCAAAUUCCCAAGAAAUACAGUGUUCCCGGUCUCCCGGAUCUGAACAGUAGUCAAAUCAAUGCUGUAAAGAGCGUUCUGCAGCGCCCAUUGAGCUUGAUUCAGGGUCCUCCAGGUACAGGUAAGACUGUGACUUCGGCCACUAUCAUCUACCAUCUUGCCAAGCUCAACGGUGGUCAGGUGCUGGUGUGUGCUCCAUCGAACGUUGCGGUUGAUCAGCUUUGUGAGCGCAUCCACCGCACCGGCCUCAAGACGGUGCGAGUGACUGCCAAGUCUCGCGAGGAUGUUGAAUCCCCUGUUGGUUUCCUUUCUCUGCAUGAGCAAGUCCGCAUGAACGAUAGCAAUAUCGAACUGGCAAAGCUCAACCUGCUGAAGGGCGAACUAGGCGAAUUGUCUAGUCAAGAUGAAAAGCGAUUGAAGCAGCUGACUCGGUCUGCUGAGCGCGAGAUUUUGAAUAACGCAGAUGUUAUCUGCUGCACCUGUGUUGGUGCUGGCGAUCCUCGCCUUGCCAAAUUUAAGUUCCGUACGGUCCUGAUUGAUGAAUCUACUCAGUCCGCUGAGCCAGAGUGCAUGAUCCCCCUUGUUCUCGGCUGCAAGCAGGUCGUGCUGGUUGGUGACCACCAGCAGCUUGGUCCUGUCAUCAUGAACAAGAAGGCAGCCAAGGCUGGGUUGAAUCAGUCUCUUUUUGAGCGUCUCGUUAUCCUGGGAUGCGCACCAAUUCGUUUGAAUGUCCAGUAUCGAAUGCACCCGUGUCUCUCUGAGUUCCCGUCGAACAUGUUCUAUGAGGGCUCACUUCAGAAUGGUAUCACGAUCCAGGACCGACUUCGCCGUGAUGUGGAUUUCCCAUGGCCUGUAAUUGACAUGCCUAUGAUGUUCUGGUCGAACCUUGGCAAUGAAGAAAUCUCCGCCUCUGGUACCUCGUACCUCAACCGCACCGAGGCCACUAAUGUCGAGAAGAUUGUUACUCGCUUCUUCAAGGCUGGUGUUCAGCCCAGGGACAUUGGUAUCAUCACACCGUACGAGGGUCAGCGAAGCUACAUCGUCAGUUCCAUGCAGGCAAAUGGCACCUUCAAGAAGGAGCACUACAAGGAAAUUGAAGUGGCAUCAGUGGACGCUUUCCAGGGUAGAGAGAAGGACUACAUUAUCCUGUCCUGUGUUCGUUCCAACGAUCACCAGGGCAUUGGUUUCUUAAGCGAUCCCCGUCGUCUCAACGUGGCUCUUACUCGAGCUCGUUAUGGUCUAGUCGUUCUUGGUAACCCGAAGGUUUUGUCCAAGCACCCCUUGUGGAACUGCCUCUUGCAGCACUUCAAAGAAGCGCACUGUCUCGUUGAGGGACCUUUGUCCAACUUGCAGGAGUCUCUGAUUCAAUUCAGCAGACCCAAGCAGGCCUAUCGGGGUCCCCAGCGCUUCCAGAUGUCGUUCAAUCAAGCUUCUAACGCUGCUAGUGGCACGACGAAUGGCCGCAAUGGUCACCGCAACGAGUAUCAUGACUCGGGCUCCGUGGUUGGCUAUAUCCCCGACGAUGUGUCCUCGGUCCACUCUUCUGCUUUGGGUGGCGUCGGCCUUCCGUCCGUAUACCCGCCGAUGUUCCAGAACUUUGCUGACCAGUGGCCCUCGAUCUCCGGCGGUCGCCGUCCCAAUGGAGGUCGUGCCAAGGGCGCCCCCAGUGUCGCUGGGGAAUCCGUUGCGGCUACCGAGUCUGAUAUCAAUGGAAGCAUCGCCGAUGGACGCAGCGUCGAUCAGGGUGGCGUCAGCCUCACUGAUACCCUCAACCGCCUGAGCAUCCAUGACAUGAACAAGCAGCCUAGCCUUAGUCAGUCUGACCGUCUCAAGCGCUACGUAGAAUCUGGUGGGCGUGAGCCGUAUCGGCCUGGCGCUCCCGACAAUGGUAGCAUUUUCGGCGGUAGCUCUGCCAGUAUUCGCGUCACUCCUCGCGGCCCUCCGGGCCACAACAUUCAUGAUGAUGAUGACGCGCGCAGUGUUUCCACUGCGUUCGCUAGUCAGGUCGGCGGAAAUUACGAUUGA